AUGCGGUGGGAAGGGUGGCUUUGGCUCUCAGCUUCGUGCUGCUGGAGGCCGACCGUGAAGGAAGCCAAAGCACUGGCUGAGUACCUUGCGCUCAAGCCCGAUAUGGACAAGAAGGCAAAGGAAGCCAGAAGAAAGAGAUGGGAGGCUGUGGUUGAGGCGGCUGAGAGACGUGAAGCGGAGAUUCGAAACGGUGAAGGCAAGGGUAAAGUUGAUGGGGCGUGGAUGGAAGAUAAGGAGGAAGUGGGUGAAAAAGCGAGAGAGGCUGUUUUGCGCGCAAUGAAAGAAGGCAACUGGAAAGAUAACCUGGCCGGAGCUGAGGUUCUAGGUGGGUCAAGUACCAGCGUCAGCAACAGUAGUGAAGAUUCCGGGUCUUCAUCGAGUCCGCGCGAUGGAAGCGAUAUGGAGGAUAUUGAACAGACAAGCACGAUUGCGAUCACACGACCGAAAUCAGUCAAGUCCGCCGCGCCUAUGGAAACCAAGCAUACCCCAAUUCCAGAUAUACCCGAGCGUAUUUGCCCGAAACUUGAUCCUACUUCGCUCCCAUUAUCAUGUCCCGGCUGCGGCGCAUUUACGCAAUGGGUCACUCCCGAAGAAGCCGGUUACUAUUCCGUCAAUAGAAAAUCUGUGAAGGAGUAUAUUCGCCGGUUUUCUUCCGAUUCGGAAAAGUCUCCCUCUGAAGCAGAAGGUGUUCAGAAUCGGAAUAGUAAUGUCCACGGUGUUGAUAAUGCUCCAGCCGAAAUAAAAUUGGGCGUAGAGUCUGCACCACAGCCUGAAGACGCUGCGGACUUCCCUAUGUCCCUAAUCCCUAAUAUCAGCCGAAUACUAGACCUGGCAAAACCGCGAACGCAAAAUCGAAGAGCGAAAACCAUACAGUAUGGCGGUGGAGGCAGGAAACCCGUUCUCAGCUUCAUCAUCACUCGGUCUGAUCUCCUCGGUUCGCGAAAGGAAUUUGUGGACCACCUAAUGACCUAUGUCCUAAACGUAAUGCGUGAGGCAUUAGGUUCGAAAGGCGAGAAAGUGCGUUUGGGUAACGUGCACAUGUUACGUGGCAGCGGGAGAUUCGAGGAGCGCUUGCAGGCCAAUGCCCGGACUUCAAAUUUUACCGAUGACACCCUGGAUUAUAGAGACCUGCCACUCCCAGGAGAACUUAAAGAUCCUGACCCAAAUCAGAAUGGUGAGACCAACGAAGAAGUCGAUACCCUCCUCCCUCCUGCCCAACAAGUGGCGCAAUAUCCCAUUUUUCCCAUUGUGUCCUCCCUGCCAGGAACAACCGCAUCCCCUAUCCGCAUCCCCUUUGGCAGAAAAAGGGGGGAAGUAAUAGACCUUCCCGGCCUCGCCCGCGCCGGCCUAGAAGAAUUUGUGAAAGAUGAUCACAAAUCAGACUUAAUCAUGAAGAAACGCUUGAAACCCGAGCGGCUGACACUAAAACCCAAACAAUCCCUCGUCCUUGGUGGAGGGCUCAUCCGUAUCACCCCAGUUGACGCAGACAAUUUAGUCGUUCUCGCCGCCUCAUUCGUCCCAAUACAGCCACACGUAACGUCGACGGAGAAGGCUAUACUCAUGCAGGCAGAGCAGCGCAAGGUGCCCAAUGUGCCUACCAUUGCCAGGGAAGGUUUCGCUGAAUCGAUAAAAUCCGCUGGCAUAUUUGAGAUUGACGGAGAUGUAACCAAGACGUACGGCAAACCGACUUCGUUGCCGUUGGAUAGGAAACAGAAGAAGAUGAUGAGCACACUGCCGUAUCAGGUUCUGUCGACGGAUAUUUUGAUUGAGGGUUGCGGGUGGGUGGAACUCGUUGUGCAGGUGCGCGCGAAGGAUUUGGACGCGGGGCUUAUGCCUAAGGUCGAGGUGUUUAGCCCUGCGGGGAAAUUUGUUGCAAGGAGGAGGCCGAUGUGCGCAUAUUCACUUUUGCUUGAGAAGCAACAGAACGUUGCGAGAAAGCGAGUGAAGAGGCCGAUGAGCAGUGUGAGGAGAGGCAAAGGAGGAGGUUAG